AUGCCGCAACCUCUUUCGCAGUCGCAGGAAGCCACUGCUGAGAUCAUUCGCGCCGCCAAUGUCGAUAGGCCGGACAAUUUCUGGCCUGAAGUUGUGCCAGAGCUCAAUUUCUUUGUCGGUUUUGGUAGCAAUAAACACUGGAACUUGCAAUUCGAACCCCCAGCCGGUGCUCAGAUCACGAAUGUCAUGGGACCCUCUGAUGUUUGUCCUGGCGCCAUGGUGUACUUUGGAACUAAGGAAGGCAUCCGCAAAGCUUUUCUUACCGCCUAA